UGUUUCCAUUGCUUCAACUGGCUUUACACUUUUUUUUCUCCAAAAUUUUUGUAAUUAGCCGAAUUCAUGGCAUUCAGGGAUAUACAAACAGCAAUUAUUAUUGAUACGCUAAUCAGAGAAUUAGUACACCAAGUCAUUGAUCGGCAGCAACAACGCUCUGGUCCCUGUCAAAAGCUCUUUGAUAUACUUGGCAUACAGCCCUAUAGCGAGGAAGAGGCUUAUGCCAAUGCUAACGAUGAGCUAAAUGACAGUGAGCCACAGCUAAAGAAAUCACCAGACGAAUGUUGCAGUCAUUGGCAUAGUUGGUUGGCUCAAGCUCUAGCAGCGGAUAGCUCCGACGAUGAAUUCGUCGUUUAUGGUCGCAAACAACUUGAAAACACCAGCGUCCAAACGGAACAGCCGCGUAUGCGUCGACGAAUUCCGCGCGGAGUUGUUACCCCUGGAGAUCAUGAGCUCCUAAAUCCUGCACCUUGUGAAUUGACACGACAAACGAUAUUCAUCGAUGCUGUGAAUGUGCCAACGCCAUCUAUAGCCCAACGACCGCCAUUGGCAGAUCGCUUCUGCUAUCUGCUAACCGAUUUCGCCUCAGCUCUUUACUGUAGUCUCGCUAUCAUGUGUUGCUGUACUCCAAUAUCGUGUCUUGCAUUUAAUUAAUAAGUGAACCGGCUUGGAGAAAUAGGAAAGAGUUCGCUGCAUAUUCCGAUGAAAGAACACUCAAGAACACUCUUAAUAUUGCAAUUAAAUUAUUUGUAUACAUUUGUAACUCCUUUGGGGAACUUUGGAAUAUUUCGAUAGAAGAAUUACUGGCUAAUGUUUUAUUGAAUAAUCAAGAACACUUUCAAUGAAUUUGUAAACAUUUUUAAGACAAACUUUGCUGAACAUUGUGA